CUUUGUCUUCUCUGCAUUUUUCCUUUUUAUUGAAUUGUAUGAUUGCUUAUUGUAGAAAAGUUGACACUCAGCAACUUCUAGGUUAAUUAAACUUGAUCUAAUUGCUUAGAAGAAAAGUAAAAGUAAAACAGAAAAUGAAUUAUUGAAUGGCAAGCUUAGCAAAUCUAGUCUUGCUCAACUAUUGUAUUUCUUUAUUUUUAAAUUUUUUUAUAGUUGACCUUCUUGUAGCCAUUUCUUAACUUGAAGCCAAUCUAACUCAUGAGUUUGGCCAGCUGCUCAUUUGAAUGGACAACAAGGUAUGUGCACCUUACUGUGUAAGUCUUAGAACACUCAAGAUCAAAGAAGAUGAAAUAUAGAAGAGAGACAAGAUUUGAUCUUGUGUACACACAUCCCACUGCUAGGAAAACGUCUCACCAUGAAGAGCUUAUAUUAGACCUUGACGAGCUUAUAUAAAUAAUAACUUCAUCACCAUACUGUUAAUGUUACCAUAUACAAUUUAGGAAUCAAAUUGACUGUACAUAUACUUUGUACAUAUACGAAAAGAUUGACGGAUUGGCUUACCAUGUAUAUGUUAAUGUUACCAAAUACAAUUUAGGAAUCGGUUAGAUUCCAUGUAUAGGAUAUACGUCUGUAUAUAGAUGGAUGCGGAGGAUAAUAAAAAGGAGAAGAGUUCUCGGUUUCUGCGGGGUUUUUCUGAGUAUUUUGACAUGGUAUCUGAGCAAGGUUUCGGCACCUUCUGAGUGGAGUUCGUGCUUCUUGGAGGUUUUGGCAUUUCCUGUUGGUGCAUUUGUGGUUUUAUUUUUUUGGUGAUUGCUAUGGGUGUUUUUCUUGGUUUCGAUCCCUUCAAUAGCUGCGUUUGAGGGGUGUAUCUCGGCAGCUGUUGGCUCAUUGAUGAUACGCAUCAUGUUGAGGCCGGCAAUAACUCCCACAUCCUUGGUGGCUUGAUUCUCAGCAGCUGUUGGCUUAUUGAUGAUACACAUCACUUGAGGUAGGCAUUAUAACAACAACGUUCUUCACAGUUGAACCGAUCUUCUACCAAUCAAAUGCUUGGCAUCGAAAAUAGUGUUGAUCGGGUUCAUUGCGACCUAGUUCUUGGGCACUUUUAUUCCAAUUUUCUGGUGGGUUAUUUCCUUUGUCUCUCGGUUGCAUCAUGUCAUCAGAUAAGUUGGAAUCGUUUCCUAUUAGAUUUAUUGGCAAAAAUUAUUGUGCUUAGGAGUUUCAAUUUAAAUUAUUUGUCAAAGGAAAAGAAUUAUGGGGUCAUAUUGAUGGGGGUAAUCCUGCACCUCGUGAUGCCGAGGCUUUGUCUAAGUGGGAAAUUAAGGAUGCUCGGGUUAUGACUUGGAUCCUUAGCUCGGUUGACCCUCACCUUGUUCUCAAUCUGAGGCCUUAUAAAACUGCUGCUACCAUGUGGAAUUAUCUCCACACGGUUUACAAUUAAGACAACUCUACUAGGCAUUUUCAAUUGGAGUAUGAGAUGACUAAUUUCACACAAGGAAGUCUCUCAAUUGAGGAAUAUUUUUCUGGUUUUUAAACUCUUUGGACUGAUUAUUUCGACAUUGUUUAUGCUAAUGUUCCCGCUGCAACUCUCUCUGCUGUCUAAGCAGUGAAUGCAACCAGCAAGCGGGAUCAAUUCUUGAUGAAGCUACGACCCGACUUUGAAAUUGCACGGUCUAAUAUGAUGAAUCGUCAUCUUGUACCAUCUUUGGAUGCCUGUUAGAGUGAACUUCUGCGUGAGGAGCAGUGUAUCGUAACUCAAGCUACCAUGGACCAUCGGGCUAAUGUUAGUGCACCUGUUUCUAUGGCUUAUGCAGCACAGGGGCGGAAUAAGGGUCGAGACAUGCAUGUUGUCCAGUGCUUUAGUUGUAAAGAUUUUGGUCACAUUGCUCGGGAUUAUCCCAAGAAGUUUAGUAACUACUGCAAGAAACAAGCUCAUAUCAUCUUUGCUUGUCCCAUUCGGCCUGAAAUGAAGCAGGGUAAUGCUUAUCAUGCUUCCACUGGUGCCUCUAGUUCUGUUGCAUUGCCUGCUGCCUCGUCGAUUGUUCCAAUUUCUGCUCCUACAGCCUUAGCAAACCUGAACACACUCACUCCUAAAAUGGAUUAAGUGUCCGGGAAGAUGAUCGCGAAGGGGCUUAAAGUGGGACGACUCUUUCCUCUUCAUGUUUCUCCUUCCACUAUUAUUCCUAGUUUUCCUUUACUUUCAUUUGCAUGUAAUGUUGUUGGUUCUGGACAUAAGAUGUGGCAUAGACGUCUUGGUCACCCAAACUCUGAUGUACUUCGUACUUUGUUUCAUUCUGGAUUAUUGGGAAAUAAAACAUGUUCUUCUCUUGAUC